AUGGCUUCCACAGCGGUGCUCCUACUUCAGCUGCUCCUGGUCUCACUGGCGUCUGCAUCACAUCACUUUGGGGGAAGUGCGAGCUACACCUACAGAGGACAAAACCCUGAUGGAACGUACAAGGUGGACCUUCGCAGCAGGUCAACCUUCAGGACAUGUGGGCAUUAUACCUAUGGGUGGAACUGCUACGGGGGCAACUGUCGCAUUGUCGGUCGUAGUCCAUCGGGUAUGGUUGACAGGCACACCACCAUAUCAGGAUACUAUGGAGGCUCUUGUGAGACUGAAACAGUUUUCACGGCUAAUGUUCGCAGUGACAAACCUUUUCAGAUGAGAGUUCCUCAGAACUGCCCUCGGACAUACAAGCUAACGUCUUUUGAUCCCGAUGGGGAUAAAGUUCGAUGUCGAUAUGGAAACGUCAGGGGGAGGGAGUGCAACUCAUGCAACCUGCCACCAGGCUUCCUCUUAGACCAGAUCCUACAGGACUCCGAUGACCGUGAGGAGAGGAAAGAGAUCCCUAUACCCAUACCAAUCCACAACCACAGGCCCAACCACAACCACAGGCCCAUACCGAUACCCAUGGGGAUGGGGAUACACAACCACAACCACAACCCCAUACCCAACCACAACCACAGGCCCAUACCGAUACCCAUGGGGAUGGGGAUACCCAACCACAACCACAACCCCAUACCCAACCACAGGCCCAUACCGAUACCCAUGGGGAUGGGGAUACCCAACCACAACCACAACCCCAUUCCCAACCACAACCACAGCCGCAACCACAACCACAACCACAACCCCAUACACAACCACAACCCCAUACCCAACCACAACACCAUACACCACCACAACUCCAUACCCAACCACAACCCCAUACACAACCACAAAUACCCAACCACAACCACAUCCCCAACCACGGCUCCUCUCAGCAAACUUCCUCUGCAAUUCUCUUUUCUUGUGGACCCCCCUGCUCCGUCAUGUCAGGAGGGAGCUUUCCUGCCCAAGCUUCUGCCUCCAACACCUGCAAAUGGAGAUCGUUUCCAAGCAGAAGUCAACAAGGAAUUGGAAAUCAGAGUCAAAGCGCAUGCCAUAAAUGCAAGAAUAAAUAAUAUCAUCGUCAGUGGGCCGGCGAAUAUCAGCAAGCACCAGACCACACAGGGAGAGUUUGUCCUCAGCUGGACGCCGCUCCCAGAUGACCACGGACAACAUUUCGUGAUCUGCUUUGCUGUUGAAGCAGUCAAACCGCCUGCCCUCUAUCAGUCCGAGAUGAGGUGUGUUCUUGUGGAAGCCAGGAGUGAAAUAGUUAAAUCCCAUGUGAUCUGCAACGAGUCCUCCAUGACAGUAUCGGUUGAGAAAGCCUCUUUCCCUCGACUCCAUGAGGAUCAUAUGCAGCUCAACGAUCCCUCCAACACGGCCUGCAGCCUCCAGAGACUCUCCAACAGCACUCACAUCAUCGCCACCAUCCCCCUCAACGCCUGUGGCACUCAGAUCGAGGAAGAUGAGGAGAACCUCAUCUUCAAGAACGAAAUCACCACGGUGGACAACCCCAGAGACCUGAUCACCAGGAAGCACCUGAUGGAGGUGCAGUUCUACUGCCAGUACCCAAAACGAGGAAACGUGUCAUUGGGCUUCGUGGCACACAGGAAGAACAUCACUGUGUGGGAGAAGGGCUUCGGCACGUUCACCUACCAGUUUGAGUUCUACCCUAACAACCAGUUCCAAACCAGGAUGGAUCCAGCAGCAUAUCCUCUGGAGUACGACAUUGGGAACAGGAUUUACAUGAAGAUCAAGGCCACCUCCUCGGUCAACAACACCGAGCUGUUUGUGGAGUCCUGCCGAGCUGCACCAUACGACAACCCCAGCUACCGCCCAACCUACUCCAUCUUUGAAAAUGGGUGUCAAAUGGAUCCAACUCUUCAGAUCCACUCCCCCGCUGAACAGAAAGAAUUCAAGUUCAGCAUGGAGGCUUUCAAGUUCAUCGGACUGAACAAUCAGGUGUACAUCAGCUGCUCGGUCAUGAUGUGUGAAGCAGGGAACUCCAACACCAGGUGCUCCAAAGGUUGCAUCAACUCUACGUCGACAAGCCCCCGGCGCUCCAAGAGAGAGGCUGUCAUCCAGAGUGCAAGUCACUUCGUUUCCCAGGGGCCAUUGCGCUUACGGAGAUCUGCAGAGAGGGUCGGAGCCACAGCGACCAACCUGAAUCUGAACCUGGUGUUCAUCGCUGGAUGUGUUCUUGCAGCCGUCGGCAUGGUCUGCGGAGUGGUCAUGUACAGAGCCAAAGUGUCAAAGGUCAAAUACCAACCUUUGCCAACAUUUGAGAGUUAA